AUGGUGCAUGCGUUCACUUGCAUGGGUCUAACUGAGACCCAAUACUGCAGUUUCAGUAAGGCAGCUGGGGUAGGUUCUGUCAUGGACAAGACUGUAGAUACACGUGUGUGGUUAUCAUUGUUUUUUUAUACCAAGUUAUGUACUUGAAAAUUUCGAUGUGUUGCUUUUCGCAUUUCUUGUGCAGUUGAAAGAAAGCCAUUUCCAGAUAUCUUGAUUUAACAGAAUAACAUUGGAUAGAUUGACAUACACAUGAACGUCUCAUUACAUUUCCUAGUUUACAAGGAUAGUGGUUUUGGCUACAUUGGAGUAGUGCGUGAUCUGGCCAAAAAGUCUAAGGAAGAUGCAAGAAGGGAGGUGGAAGUAACCCCAAAUUAUACUGCAAAUGGGGAUGUAAGUAAACUUACCCAUAGAAACCAAAGAGAUAACAACACAGCUUAAUAGUUAGCGUUGUUAAUAAUAGUAGCAUAUUUUUCCAACCAAGGUGUGUACAUCACAGUUGCAUAUUAGCAGUGUUAUCUCAUGUUUUCCAUUUAUAGUCUUCUUAUUCGUGAAUUUGUUUUCAGUGUAUCAUCACCAAUGCUAGACAUGACUCUAGUCAGGCAGCGAUGCAUUGCACUGUUUCAGCCAUUUCCAUGAGGUAUACGUAUGGUGGUGAUUCUCCUUUUAUUAUAUACAUACUGAGAAAUACUCACCAAAAAUCUAUAUCGUAAAUUUUCGUACGCAAAUUAGUUCUAGCCAAUCAGAGGAGCGAACGAUGGUUUUCACACGUGAAAAAAAUGAUACGUCCAAUCAGAAUCGCGAACGAUGUUUUUUCACGUGUGAGAAAAAUGAUACGUCCAAUCAGAAGCCACAGAGGUGCGUGAGUUUCGCGCCAAAAUUCCCGCCUUUUAUUGCAGCUCGCAGCGCCGCGUCGCACACAUUCUACGAGAAAAGUUUUACUCAAAGAGUUUUUCUCGCUAAAAAAGUGAAAAACAUUUCGGAAAUGGAGUGGAAUAGUUUCGCUUGUUUCACUGUCGAUAAAGAAAACGGUAGAGAGCCGGUUAAACAACAGCGGAAAGGGAUAAACAGAACGAGACGUAAGCUUUUGUUGUGCUUUUUGUCGGAGCUACUUUGCCUUUCAUUUAAGCUUAAGCUUAUAUUGAAACCAGCCAUUUUACUUAAAUUCACUCAUUUUCAAUUGUGCAUUGAGGACAAACAGUUAAGAUUACUUAUAGUUCUUGGAUUACCUCAUAUCCUCACAGUCAUUUAUGUUUUUAACAAACGUUUUUACUAAAAAGCUGAUACUUCGUUUUCGUUGUCACUUUGCGGUAAGUGUGUAGCGGCAAAUUUUAGCAUUUUUGAAAGAUUUAAAAUAAAAAGGCCGCCAAAAUGAUGAAUGUCUCAGUAUGUAUAUAAUAAACACAAUACCACAUGGAAAGUGCUUUGUACGGUAUUUACGCACUCGUUGUUUUUGUAUCACAAAUCUUACUCGUUCGCUGCGCUCACUCGUUCGAUUUCUGAUACGUCAACAACUCGUGCGUAAAUACCGUACGCCAGCACUUUCCAUGAAGUAUUCUCUAUUUAUGCCUUUUUUUUCUAUAUAAAAGCAGUGGACUAUGCUACUUUUGAAUCGUGUUGUGGUCAUUAUAUUUUCACGACCAAGUAAAAAAAAAAUGAAAAUAAACAGUAUUUUCUUUUUGAUGUCCAGCAACAAGAAAAUAAUUUCUGUUUGCAACUGGAGCAGGGCUGAUGAAAGGAGUGCGCCAUCCAGGGAAGUUCCUAUGACAAAGGAAAUGAUAACAAACCUCACAGGAGUUCUAGGUACGUGUAAAUGAUUAUCAAAAGACUCUGUUGAUUGUCCAAGGAAAUGAAAAGUUAACUGUUCAUUAUUAUUAUUAUUAUUAUUAUUAUUAUUAUUAUUAUUAUUAUUAUUAUUAUCAUCAUAGCUCACAAUGUGACUGAGGUGGCCCAUAAUUGUGUUGUUGCACUCAAAAAUUGA